CGCCGCCGUCCGCCGCCGUCGACGGCGUCUCCUCUCUCGCCGGCGAACUAGCCAGCUAAAACCCUAGGGAGAACAGAACCGAGCGGUCCGCGAGGUGUUCGAUUGGGGUCGAAGAUGUCGGGGAAGGGCGCAAAAGGCUUGAUAAUGGGGAAGUCCGCCUCCAACAGCAAGGACAAGGACAAGAAGAAGCCCGUCUCUCGCUCCUCCCGCGCUGGCCUCCAGUUCCCAGUCGGCAGGGUCCACCGUCAGCUGAAAUCGAGGGUUGCUGCAAAUGGAAGAGUUGGAGCGACAGCUGCUGUUUAUACUGCCGCUAUCCUUGAAUAUUUGACUGCAGAGGUGCUGGAGUUGGCAGGCAACGCGAGCAAAGAUCUGAAAGUCAAGCGUAUCACGCCGAGGCAUCUGCAGCUGGCGAUCCGGGGAGAUGAAGAGCUGGACACCCUCAUCAAGGGAACCAUAGCCGGUGGAGGGGUCAUCCCUCACAUCCACAAGUCGCUCAUUAACAAAUCUUCAAAGGAGUAGGAUCGCUUCUCGUCAUCGCUUCGUUUGGGUUCCGUGUAAUUUUUCGGUUAGAGGGAGAUGAGGAUAUUGUUGGUCUGCUUUUUUUUUUUUAUUUCUUUUCAUGUGACAAAUCGGAAGUACUUGUCUUAGUUAAUCUUGUGCUAGCUUAGGUGGUGGUGUUUAACAGAAGUUGCGUUGCUUUUGG